UUGUCAACAAACCAAGUUUAUUUCUGGCUUUGAUUUUUUCUUUAUUUAAUAAAUUAAGGAACAUUCAAUGGAAUUUAGAUCAAGAUUAAAUAGAUAAUUUUUCAAUUUUAUGUUGUUUCUUGUACUUUAAAAAAUAUCUUUUUACAGUUCGUUAUUUAUUGAUAACCCACCGGAGAGGAUUGCUUUUCGAGUUUUGUUUUCAUUGUGUAGUCAAAAAUCUUGACUCAAAGUUGUUUUUUAAACCUUUGCCUUUUAAUAAUUUUAAGCUCAUUAGAUAAUUUUUUAUAAAAGAAAUGUCUUCUGGAGAGGAUAAACAAAGUAUGAUCACUUCUCCUGUGGGUCAACAAUAUUCACUGAACAAUAAUUCUCUCAAUAGCAACAACAAAUGGGUUCGAUUAAAUGUUGGUGGAUCUAUUUUCAUGACCACUCGAUCUACUCUCUGCCGUGAUCCUAAAUCAUUUUUAUACAGGUUGUGUGAUGAAGACCCGUCACUUGGAAGUGAUAAGGAUGAAUCAGGAGCUUAUCUCAUUGAUCGCGAUCCUACUUAUUUUGGUCCAAUUUUAAAUUUUCUCCGUCAUGGGAAAUUAAUCAUUAAUAAGGAUUUAUCUGAAGAAGGUGUUUUAGAGGAAGCAGAAUUUUACAAUAUAACUGAUUUAAUCAAAAUAUGCAAACAACGGAUAUCUGAGUCAAAGCAAAAAAGUGACCUGGAGAAACAUGUCUACAGAGUUAUCCAAUGUGGAACUGAAGAGCUUACUCAAAUGGUUUCAACCAUGUCUGAUGGUUGGAAAUUUGAACAACUUAUCCCAAUACCUAAUGGUUUCAGUUCUGGGGUCGAGUUUUUAUGUGUUGUUUCAAGAGCAUUUACGAAUUCGAUCAAAAUGUUUGACGAGAACUCUGAUCGAGCCAAAAUGAUUCAACAAAAAGCAUCGAGAAUGUAAAUUUUGUACCUCAAUCAUCAAAUUAUUGGUUGAGCUAAUUAUUAUCAUCUAUUUGUAUAUACAUCUAUAUAUAUCUAUAUGUAUAUGUAUAAAUUAUUACUCAAUUUUAUAUUGAAGUUGAUUAUCCUGGUUAAAAACUCAUGUUUGUAAUCAAUCGCGAUCAAUUAGUCGUGAUCAGUGCAAGUUUACUAUGUGGUGGGUUGAUAUAAGCCUGAUAACAUGAAAAGAAAUUUUUAGCGAAAUAAAAAUUAAAUCAAUGACA